ACGGGUUUUAUAGAACAAUACAUGCAUUUGGAUUGGCAGACUUAGGGGACAUCUGAAAUAAUAAUUUUUAGCCCCUGGGAACAUGGUGAGGUUCACAGACUCUCAAAUAAAAUCUCUAAACACUGGUGAUCAAUUGCAGACAACAAACCCCAAUAAUCUGCCUGGGGCUCAUUAAGAAGCGAAGCCGCUCCCACUUGCAUGCAGACAAGACACGCCAUUUUCAGCACCCCUUGCGGUGUCGUUUUAAUUUAUUCCUGGACUUCAGUCCAGUGGAGAAUGCUUAUUUCCGCGGCCAGGCAAAUACUGUAACUAUAUUGCCCAGAAUGCUCUGCGACUAGUCGCAGCAUCAUUGAACCAAUGGAGCCCAAGGAAAACGAUAUUAUGCGCAUGUACAUCUCUGGGGCGGGACUUCCGGCGUCCUCCUUGUGGCCUUCGUUUUGGCAGUUGUGAGGGCUGGUCGCCUAGUCAGGGCUUCUAACCCGGAGUUGGCACAGUGGUGAUCUAACCGAGGAUGUGCGAGAGAACUCGUGGUCCCCGUUACACAGGCGGGCCUGAGGCUUGGCCGUGGCGCCGACCGGGGUGACCGCAUCCUGGCAGGAAUAGUGAGCCUCGUCGGAAUUCCCGCCGGGUGUCCGGAGAGCCCGGCCCUGCUCUGCCCUCCCGCUCCAUGGCAGCCGCCGCGCUGAGAGACCUGGCUGAGGGCUGUGUCAACUUUGAGGACGUGGCCAUUGAUUUCUCCCAGGAGGAGUGGGGGCUCCUUGAUGAGACUCAGAAGCUCUUCUACUGUGAUGUGAAGCUGGAGAACUUUGCAGUCAUAUCAUCCUUGGCUUGUUGGCAUGGAGUGGAGGAGGAAAAAGCGUCUUCUGAGCAGAGUGUUUCUUUGGAAGGAGUGUUACAGGUCAGGACUCCACAGGAGGUCCAUCCACCCAGAAGACUCACCCCAGGAGAUAUGUGUCCCUGCCUUGAAAGAUAUUGUGACUGAGCACAAAACAGCUAAUCCUGGGCAGAAGCUGUACUUGGGUGGGGCAUGUGUGAGAACCUCCUGGCUCAAUGCAAGCCUUCCCCAGCACCAGAAGCAUCACAGUGGAGAAAAACCCUUCAGA